AUGGCAAGCGAGGAUCACCCCCCCUCCCCCGCCGAGCGCAAACCUCGCAAGUCAGUCGCCUUCACCGACGAGCAGCUAAUCGUCGACGCCGACGGAUCCGUCAAGAUGGUAACCGCCGCCGAAGAGGCCCCCAAGGACUCGGCUCAGUCCCACGCCGCCCGUACGCCGCCUCUCUCUGCCGCCCUUGGAGCCUUUCGUACUGAUCCUGCCGAUGAAGCUGCCACCACCGACCCCGCCGCCGCCGACGACACUGGUCUCGACCUCUCCCUUCUCAAGAAAAAGAAGAAGAAGUCGUCCAAGCCCAAGGACGAAGACGGUGCCGAUGAAGCCGCCGGCGACGACGGCGGCCUGGACCUCUCCAUGAAGAAGAAGAAGAAGAAGAAGGCCAAGGACGCCGCCGAGGACGACGACUUCGCCGCCAAGCUCAAGGAGCUCGAGGUCAAGGAGGAGGAAGAGGGCACCGCUGGCGACGCCGCUGACGGCGACGCGGCCACCGCCGGCGACAUGGAGGCCGGCACCGGCAUCUGGGCGCACGACGAGACCCGCAGCAUCAACUACCCUAUGCUGCUCAGCCGCUUCUUCACCCUGCUGCAGCAGAAGAACCCGGACCACGCGCUCAGCGGCACCAAGACUUACAAGAUCCCCCCUCCCCAGUGCAUGCGCGAAGGCAACCGUAAAACCGUCUUCGCCAACAUUGCCGAGAUUUGCCGCCGCAUGAAGCGUUCCGAGGAGCACCUGACGUCGUACCUGUUCGCUGAACUGGGUACGAUUGGUUCCGUCGACGGCAGCCGCCGCCUCGUCAUCAAGGGUCGCUGGACCCCGGCCCAGCUCGAGACUGUCCUGCGAAAAUACAUCAUCGAAUACGUAACCUGCAAGACCUGCAAGUCCCCCGACACGGAGCUCAACAAGGGUGAGAACCGCUUGUACUUUGUCACCUGCAACAACUGCGGCUCCCGCCGCUCCGUCACCGCCAUCAAGACUGGUUUCUCCGCCCAGGUCGGCAAGAGAAAGAAGAUGCAGGGUUAA